AAAAGAAAAGAUUUUAAUAGUCACGCCCAAACAUGAACUUGGGCUGGCCCAAACAAAUUAAUGAUUUCGUUUUCCUUUUCAGCAGUUUGUAUGGAAAUGAUUUUUUUUUGAAUAUAAGAAUAUCCUCGCUCAAAACACUCAAAGGAAAAUAUGGGGAGAAAGAACUCCAAAACGGUAUGGCAGAAGAAGAAUUCCAAAAUGGUAUGGCGGAAAAAGGAGCCGUCUCCGCUGCCUGCACCAUGGACAGAGCUGCCGUUGGACAUAGCGGCGAACAUAUUGAAGAGGCUGGAUGUGGUGGAUAUACUGGAGGCUGCACAGAGAGUGUGCACGACUUGGCGAAGCGUGUGCAAGGAUCCUUCCAUGUGGCAAAAAAUUGAUAUGUCUAAACAUACUGGUUACGAAGAUUUUGAUUCCGAAAUCAUGUGUAAGCACUUGGUCGAUCGUAGCCAGGGGCAAUUGGUUGAUGUUAGGGUUGGGUUUUUCGGCACCGAUGAUCUGCUUGCGCAUAUCGCCGAGAGAUCAGGUCAGCUUCGAUGCCUUUUGCUUGCAAGUUGUUGUGCUAUAACUGGCUAUGGUUUGACUGAGGCUGUUAAAAGGUUUCCCUUGUUGGAGGAGCUGCACCUUUUUAGUGCUGACGUUCCAUCUGAAUCCAUAGAAAUUGUUGGCCGUUCUUGCCCAUUGUUGAAAUCCUUUUCCUUUGGAGGAGUUGCACCUUUUCCUGACAAGAAAGAUUUUAGAGUUCGAGAACUAGAAUGUAAUAAUGAGGCGCUCUCCAUCGCAAAAACCAUGCCCAGGUUGCAAUAUCUUGAUCUCUUUGGAAAUGCACUUACUAAUGAUGGCCUGGUAGCUAUUCUUGAUGGUUGUACUCACCUGGAAACAUUAGAUCUUCGGAGGUGUUUUGGAGUCAACCUCGAGGGCAAUAUAGGCAAGCAAUGUACUCAACAGCUCAAAUGUCUGAGGCUGCCCGAUGACUCUGUUGAGGAUCAUGAAUAUUAUGACAGGGAUUGUUUUGAUGAUUACGGUUUUGGCUGGUCUGGGAGUGACGGGUCUGACUUUGAUGAGGACCAUUAUCUCGAUUACGAAGACUACGAUGACUAUUCGCUGUGGGCGGCAAUGAAUUCUGACUAUGAAGAUUUCUUUUUGGGUGGACUAGUAAUUGAUGAUCAUAAUGAUAUCUAUUAGAUGGAUCAAGUCUGCAUAUCACUAAUCCUCUGUACUGAAGAUUCAGAGGAUUGUCAAACUUUUCUCUUCCUGCCUCAUGGUUCCCGGUUAGUGUUGGGGCGCUUCUUGUUGCUUUUGACUGUAAAUGCACCGCCAGUUUUUGUUUUUCUACUGUAAGUGCACAUCUGAUGCCAGUGACGAAACAUUAAAGUCCUGGAGCCUUCUUUUAUGUUUCUUUGUCCCCUUGAAAUAGCCAAAUAGAAGUGCUAUUUUUUAUUUUUUCGGAAAAGAAAGCCCUUUUAUGUGUACAGUAAAGUUCAGGAGUGCAGCAAUGCUGGUUUGGGAUUGCGGGUGAUAGUGCUGAUGCUGGCGAAUUAUUAUCUGAAGGGGAGUGGAUGAAUUGAAACCUUAAAUGAAUGAGGAGCGAAAAAAUCCACAUUCUCUAAGUUUUGGGCCCUAAUGAACGAUUAAUUUUAUAGGCACGUAUGACAUCAGAUGAUUCCACUUUAAAUUAUUCCAGUUUACUUAAGGAUUAAACUUCUCUGAGGAAAAUAAUUUAGAAAAGAAAAUGAAUACUUCCGUCCUAAACGAUUCUCCAAUCUUAGAUUUCAAGCCUCGUAUCAAACGAUCUCUGGAAUUGUUCUUCCACUGAAAACUUCUACGCCGAUCUUGUGUACCGUUAAAACGUCUGAUGCGGCCCAGUGAUUCCAUUGCGGAUCUUGAAAUGUAUGAGAGCGGUGCAUUUUAUCUUUACCCUUCAAGCCGUGACUUCAUGUAUGAUGGUGUAGAUCCCGUAUAUAAGAAUACCUGAGGGAUUUGGGAGCUAUAUUCUGACUUCUUGAAGUCCUCUGUUUCUGCUGCAAUCAUCUUUAAUUAACUAGCUUUUUAUUAAUAUAGGAUGGUGGCUUUGUCUAUGGGUUUAAUAUUGCAUUGCAGAUUAUCUAUCUCUACCAGUAAAUGGAUAAAUUAAUUCUAUGGAUUGGCCGGAGAAGUACAAUUCCAGUUCCCGAGGGCGGGGGAAAGCCCAAAAGGUUAAUGUUAGUAAACAACUGUGUUUGUGGACCAGGAGCUGGUUCUGCGAUUAGAGUAUACUCUAAUUCUUCUCCUUUUCCGUCGAAUUCCGAAACCGUUCUAAUUCUUCUCCGAAGAUUUUGGAUGCCAAAACCCUAACCCCUGAAUAUGGUGAGAAAGAAAAGGUCCCGGAAGGAGCAAUCGUAUGUAUCCACUCCGUCGCUCACUCCGUGGUCGGCGCUGCCGCGGGACAUCACGGAGAACAUCUUGCUGCGGCUGGGUGCGGGGGAGCAACUGAAAACGGCACAGAAAGUUUGCAAGACUUGGCGGAGCGUGUGCGAGGAUCCUGCAAUGUGGCGGAAAAUUGAUAUGCCUGUAAGAAGUGAUGGUGAAUUUGACUUGAAAAUCAUGUGUGAGCAUGCCUGUCGAUCGUAGCCAGGGGCAAUUGGUUGAUAUUAGGCUUGGCUUUUUUGGUCACCGAUGCCCUGCUUUCAUAUAUCGCCGAGAGGUUUGGAAAAAAUUAAGAACAUUAUUUUUGUUUUUUGUUGUAUUACAUUGUUUGAGAAUUACAAUGUUUGUUACUCUCCCUGCAUAUUGUCCCUUUUUGUGAUCGUUCACUGUAUGCGUACUUGUAAUAGUUUGACAAUUUCCCUUUGCUGGCGUUACCCGCUUU